AUGACAAUAGAUUUAUCUAAAUCUAAUAGUACAACAAUUCGAGUUGUUACUCUUCUUGAAUAUCACGGGAAAAUAAUCGAUUUCAUGAUUUUAUCUUAUAAUGCGAUUCAGUUACCAUUAAAAACAAAACAACGCUUUUAUCUCUUUUAUCCUUGGUCUUUAUUAAAAACCAUUCGAGAAGCAUCGUCGAAGGAUUAUACAGUUAGCUUUCAUCUCUAUAGUGUUUCCUAUGAAAAAAUUCGACUUCUUUCUGUGUGGAACUAUUCUAUUAAAUUUCCGUUCUUACCUGCUUUUCGUGUUACGGCUCAACUAAUAUAUCGUCAUUCUUCGACAUGUUCAAGCCAGAUGAUCGAAUCCUGUGGAUCACAUAGCAUUGGUUGUCAUUUGAUUGACAAAACAAUAGCCUAUUGUGAAUGCAAACCACCUUGGUACGGAUCGAGAUGUUCUGAACGACCUUCGAUCGAUCCAUGUGCUAAGCAUAGUCUCUAUUUUCCUGCAUAUCGAUCUGGCCUCAAUCAAACUGAAGAUUUCAUAUGUAUAUGUACGGGUCAUCAGAAAGGUCGUACAUGUCAUAUUUCAGCUACACAAAAUAAAGUUUCACAUACCUUUAAUAAUAAUACGUGUUAUCAUCUAACAGAAGAUAACUACGAUUUGAAGUCAAGUACGAAAUAUUGUAUAUGUGCAGCGAAUUUAUAUGGAUUUAAUUGUCAACUCAAAGCUGCAACAACUAGUCUUAAUAUAUCGAAUACUAUUGCGGAUGAAUCAUCGAUACUUAUAUUACAAUUAAAUGAUUGGAAUGAGGAUUCGACCAGAAUGACUAUUUCUACACAACAGUUUAUUACUACUGAAAACAAUUCAUCAAAAAUAUUUUUUGCUGGUGGAAGCUUUCCUGAUACGGCUUUACUGAAAAUUUAUAGAAAUAAUCAUGUUAAUCACAAGAGAACAUAUGAUAUAUUCGUUAUUUGGCAACCCAACAUACUCCAACGUCAAAGUCAUCACAUAUCUAUGGAAAAUAGAUGUUAUCAUGUUGAAGAAUUGAAGAAUUUAAUUCCAUUUAAUAACGAAAAUGAUCAAUCUUUAAAUCAAACUAUGUAUACUCUCAAAUUUUAUCAUCAACCUUGUCAACAUCUGAAUAUUUCAUGUUUCUAUGAUGAACUAGCAUAUUUUUGUAGAUGUCAUAAAACAUACCGCUCGGCAAUUUGUGGAUUAUAUGAUUUCUCUUUCGAACGUUGUGAUUAUUGUUUAAAUGACGGUACAUGUUUAUUUGGUAAUAAAAUGAAAGAUUAUAAUGAUUUUAUCUGUCAAUGUCCUCGAUGUUAUCAUGGUAUAUUAUGUCACUAUCGAACAGCUCAGUUCGGUUAUUCGCUCGAAACUUUGAUAGCUUCAAAUGACUAUCAAAAUGAACAAAAAAAUGAACAUUUAGAUACAAAUACAAAAUUCGCAGUUUGGAAACUAAUUUAUUUAUCAAUAGUUAUUGUCAUGAUGAUGAUUGGUUUUAUAAGUAAUAUAAGUUCUUACGUAACUCUUCAUCAUUCAACUAUAACUCGUUCAUCAAUCAUCUACUUUUUUAUAUGUAUUUGUAUAUCAAAUCAAUUAUGUCUUAUCAGUCUUGUUGUUCAAAUUGUCUAUAUUUUACUAAAUGAAGCUCACUUUAUUGGAAAUAAUAUGAUCAAUUUAAUUCUUUGCAAAACAAUACCCUAUGCAGUUAAGACAUUAACUUAUGUUAGUAAAUGGUCAAUGGCAUAUGUUAGUUUAACGCGUCUUCAUAAGACAACGAUAAAGGAAUCUAUCUUAACUUCGAAACAUCUAUCGAGUGCAGACAAAAAACAAACAUUGUUCUAUACGGUAUGCAUGUUUUGCGUCAUCGCUAGUACAACAACAGAAAUUUUCUUUCAUCAAUUAGUUAAGACUAAAGGAUCAAUGAUACAAUGUGUUAUAAACUAUUCAAUGUUUUGGAGUCGUUUUGAUACAGUUCUUCUAUUUAUUCAUCAUUUAGUACCGUUUGUAAUAUAUGUAUAUUCAUUUCUGAUGACCAUUCGAUUGUUAGCACAAAGUAGAUCAUCGACUCAAAAACAAUCAUUUUCGGUUACAUUUGUGAAACAAAUGCAAAAAUGUAAAAAUCAAUUGAUUUGUCCUUUUCUAAUGCUCAUUUCAACAUUACCUCAAUUAAUAAUUGUCUUUGCUGUUGAUUGUGAUCAAUGGUACAAUAUGUGGCUUCGUUAUCUUAUCCUUGCUAUGUAUCUCAUUGCGCAUACUCCUGAAGUAUUAACGUUUAUUUUACUUAUUUAUCCAUCAACUGUCUACAAAUGUGCUUUUCAACAGACAAUCAUUGGUAAGCGAUUAUCAACUAUACUAAAAUAA